AUGUGUCGAAUGGUGGUAUUUGCCGGCUCCUGCACCAAAUGCGGCGAGGCCAAUACUUGGGAGGAACUCUCGCAGGCCCUAUCCUGCUUAGAAGCAAAGAACAACGGCGCAAUUGGCGACUGUGCCAACGGCGUCAACAUUGAGCAACAUAAAUUCGACCAGGAAUGCGAUCGCUGCGCCCAAGAAGAUGAGGGCCUCGGCGGCGUCGGCCUCUACGAGUCGCCCCAAAGAACUGAGUGGAAACGAAGCGCCGGCAAAGAUACGAGCGCAUCAAGUUCCUCCAAGAGGCAACGAACAUGA